UUCUAAUGACAGCUGUAUGCAGUAGUAGUAAGAGCAUGCGCAGUGUGAGAAAGGAAUACGGUGAAGAUUCAAAGUUUUUGUUCAAUCUUUGCCAUAACCCCUACCAACAAACAGAUUAUGUUUGGCUUUCACAAGUCAAAGAUCUACCGGAGUAACGACGGCUGUUGCAUCUGCAAGACCAAGUCAUCCAGUUCACGCUUCACAGACAGCAGUCGAUAUGAAGAGACAUUCGGGCUCUGUUUUGGGCUGUCAGAAGAUCGUGUUGGAGACAUUUGCAAUGCCUGUGUGUUACUGGUGAAGAGGUGGAAGAAGCUACCUAAUGGCUCCAAGAAGAACUGGAACCACGUGGUGGAUGCCAGAGCUGGUCCAGGCUUCAAGAUGACAAAGCCCAAGAAGAUCAAGAACAGUGAUGGGAAGAAGAAAAGCAAGCUAAAGAAGCUUCACAAGUUAAAGAGACAAACAGACUCCGAUGCCCACAGCACGACCUCCAGUGUAUCUCCUGCACAGUCCCCCAGUUACAGCAACCUUUCAGAUGAUGGCUCAGACAUAGAGUCCAAACAAAGACGCCCGACUCCCUCCAUCUUCUCUUUCCUGGACCGUUUGUACUGGAAAAGGCAAAAGGUGUGCUGUGGGAUUGUCUAUAAGGGGCGGUUUGGAGAGGUGAUUAUUGAUCCUCGACUCUUCAAGCCCUGCUGCAGUUCCAAAAAACUGGCGUCCACACAAGUGGCCGCACACCUUCCAGACACACUUCCUCCACAACUCCCAGAAGACAUGAAAGAAACCUGGUGAUUGCUUUUGUUUAAUCCCCCUGUAGGGUUAUCCAUGGCAUCCACCUGGAUUUGUCUCCAGUGGCAGACCUCUCAUUUCCACUCACCCAAUUAGAUCAGUUAGUUAGUUCUUAACUAUGUAAUGUUCCUUUUUUAUAUGGGUAUUUUUUAACUUUUGUAUAGAGUUGAUUUUUCUUUUUUUUUAUAGAAAGCAAAAAGGAAAAAAAAAAACGUAUUAUGGGCAUUAGUGUUAUUUAUAGGUUACGGAAGCAAAUUUUGUCAAGGCUCCAGUUCUGAUUUGGAAUUGUUUUUGUUUAUUUUGUAUCAAGUGAUCAACGUUGUAAAUAUUUUGUCACCUUUUCAUACAUAUCAAGACUGUUCUAUAUUUUUUUUUUUUCAUAAUUUCUAAUUUUAAAUGUGCAUAUGAAAGUCACCAGCUAUUCGAAUACCAGCUUUUUUUGUUUGUUGGAGUGGCUCUUCAACAUUGCAGCAAUGUUUUGUCUUAUCUGUUAGUUUCGUAUGUGCGAAUGCGUGAGUUUGUAGGAUUUGUUGUACACAAAUGGCUGUUGGUCACCCCAGGGAUCAUGGUCACCCCAGGGAUCAUUAGUACAACUGUUCUCAAUGAAUUUAAUAAGCUUUUAAUGUGUAUAGAUAAGAAUGCUUAAGCAUGCUACAAGUUUAAAACACUCCAUUUAGAUUUUCCCAUCAGUUGGUGCACAUUGACUUGGAUAGAUGUGGUUAGACCAUGCAUGCAGGACAUUCCUCUGCCUUUUGGAAUGACAAAAGUGAUUUUAUUUAUUUCUUUUGUACAGCCGCUAAUGAAUUUACAAUGCAUGUUGUAAAGCAAAUAGAUUUUGUAAAUACACAAUGUUUUGGCUCUUGGUACAUCAAACCUUUUUUAAAUUACAGGAAAAGCGAACCACUACUUCUGUAAACAUGUUUUUGUGUGUGAAAGGUGCUAAAAACGUACUUUUACACUAAUCCAGUUGAAAGGUAUUAUCAGAUUUUUAUCACAUUUUCACAUCUCAUUUUCUCAGGCAUAUUUCUGUAAAGGUGUGCAAAGCUGUAGCUUGUGCUCUGCGGAAAUAUGUGUAAACUGCAGGGAACGGUAAAUGGUUAAUUGCAGCAACAGUGAGCUGCAAUAUUCCUUAUUUGUUUGAUUGCUAAUUGCAUUUAAGGGUCAGAAACAGAACCUACAGACUUA